AUGAACAUAACGACCUAUUGUCUUCAACCAUGGAAAUUACUAGGCCGUCGAGCAAAUACUAUGGAAAAGUGCUCGCCUAACUUUGAUACAACAGCUGCAGCGUGGAUAUUGAGUCAUUUUACACAUGAAACAAUUCUACCGCAUAUCAAUGCAUGGCUAAACUUCCAAGGUUUGGUUUCUUUAUGUAAUGGAUGCAAAAAUAUUUAUCUCGGCAAACCUAUACGUUAUGUGAAGUCAAUCGGAGUAAGACAUUGA